AUGGGAAUUCCUGUGGUUGAAGUCCCAACGAAGCCUUUCGCCGGUCAGAAGCCGGGUACAAGCGGCCUACGUAAAAGAGUUAGUUGACUGCUUUUCGAUUGCAAUAAAAGAUGAAAUUUAGGUUCCUGAGUUCCAGCAAAAGCACUAUACCGAGAACUUCGUGCAGGUAUUGAUAGUGAUUUUUUUCAAUAAAAUAUAUUUUUUUAAAUUCAACUUUAAGUACAAAAUUUGCAUAAUGUCAAUUUCCAUUUCAAAUUUAACGCUAUGAAGAAAAGUAUACUUUCUAGAAAGGUCAAUCGAGGUAUCCACUUCGUCAGUCAAUAAGUAGGAUACGCGGUAAUAGUGCUAUCGGAGUGCACUUCGUCAGCAUAAUCCUAAAGUAUUUUCAGCACUCGCAAAUCCAGAAACUAUAGGGAUAUUAUCAGAGUGCACAUAAAGAGUACUGAAAUAGCUAUUUUUGAGAGUACGUCGAUUGACCAGUGUGUUCAUGAAUUGCAUAUAUCAAAACGGAAAAGUAUAACAAAUCCGAAGCGGUCAAAAGCCAAGGUUUUUCAUACGAAAUUGAGUAAUGUAUUCUUCUUUACUUCAAGUGCUUGUUUUGUAUUUCAUAUCGAUUGCGUCUUGCUAGGUGUUUUAAUGCCGUGUUCAAAGUAAUUUCCGCGAAAUGCGAAAUUGUCUCUGACCCUCCAAAAUUUAGUUAUCUUUCUCUUUCUCUGACGGCUAUUUUGAAUUUCGCGGAAUCACUUUGAACACGGCAUAAGGCUUAGAUAGUUCGAAUGAACUGAAAAAAUACCCUGAAAAUAAGACUUUACUCAAUAUUUAUUUAUUGUUCCAGUUUUUUUUUCAAGCAUUUAAGAAUUUUUUAAAGAACUCUUCAUCACAAGAAGAGUGUCCCAAAUGUGUGUUUUGAAGUGCGUUUUUUUGAAGAGUGGUCUAAAUAUGUGUUUUGUAGUGCAUUAAUUUUAAAGAGUGUUCCAAAGGUGUAUUUUGUAGUGCAUUCUCGAUGCGGGCCUCGGAUCGAAGAAACGCGGUUCACAGCUUGUCGUCGGCGGCGAUGGCCGUUUCCUGACCAUGGAGGCUGUUAAUGUUAUCAUAAAAAUUGCGGCUGCGAAUGGGGUUUUUCAAAAGUUGAAUAAUCUUGUAAACAAUUGAUUUUCAAGGUUUCUCGACUGAUCGUUGGUCAGAAUGGUUUCCUUUCGACGCCCGCUCUUUCGCACCUUAUCAGAAAGGGACACGAAGGAAAACCUGUUGACGGAGGUAUACUUAAAAUCUCCAAAGUUUACAAAAGUUCUUUUCUCUAUGCAGGAGUCAUUCUCACUGCCAGCCAUAAUCCUGGUGGUCCAAAGGGUGAUUUCGGAAUCAAGUUCAACUGCGACAACGGAGGUCCAGCGCCUGACCACGUAUCAUAUUUUUGUUAAAGUCAUUCAAAUGAAAUACAUUUAGGUUACUGAUGCUAUUUAUACUGCAACGACGAAGAUUGAUAAAUACUUUUCGGCUGAAGAACUUUCAUGCGAUUUUACAGUCCCUGGACGGUGCUCUUGAAACUGAAAAACUUUAUGAAAUUGAAACUUUAGAAACGAGUACGAAGUCGACAAAUAUGGAAAAUUUGUGGUUGAUGUCAUCGAUUCCGUCAAUGAUUACGUGAACUUCAUGAGCACUAUUUUCGAUUUUGCAAAGGUGAUAAAAAUACAUACUUCUAAUGGUAACAAGGCUUGUUGUCUAAAUUUCUCCUAUCCACUUUAAUACAAAGAGAUUAAACCGCAAAAUUUCACAAAUUCGUUGAUUUUUUUUUUUUUUUGAAUAAAGCAAAAUGAGAAAGUUGUUCAAACGCUUAAAAAUUGAAAAUACCAAUCUUUUUCCAACUUUCAACCAUUCUGAAGGUUUAUAGAUCAAAAGGCUGCUCACCGGUGAGCUCACUGGGCGAAAGUUCCGAGUUUUGGUGGAUUCCAUGCACGGAGCUACGGGCCCAUAUGUUUCUACGCUUCUCGUUGACCAUCUUGGAGCCGAUUCCAAUGAUUUACUGCGGUCAGUUAUCUUUGGUUUGCAAAAAUGUCUCCGUUCUCAGAACCGUGCCGAAACCAGAUUUCGGCGGAGGCCAUCCGGACCCCAACCUCACUUAUGCUAAAACUCUGGUUGACAAAAUGAAAGGUGGAGACUAUGACCUCGGUGCCGCUUUUGAUGGAGAUGGGGUUCAAAGUUUUUUUUUUCUGCCAUCAUCAUUAUUCCUUUUGUUUAGGAUCGAAACAUGAUUCUUGGAAAAGAAAGCUUUUUUGUCACGCCUAGCGAUUCUCUGGCUGUCAUUGCUGAUAAUGUUGAUGCGAUUCCAUACUUUAGAAGCAAGAAAGUCACUGGUAAUCAAUAUUUCACUAUUUAUGCAGUUCAAAUUUUACUUACAGGGUUUGCUAGAUCCAUGCCAACGGCGGGAGCUGUCGACCUCGUCGCAAAGGCGAAGGGAUUAGAGGUUUCGGAUUUUUCUUUUUUAAAACGAACAAGGCGUUCAGGUUUUUGAAACUCCAACUGGUUGGAAGUAUUUCGGUAACUUGAUGGACGCUCAGAGAAUCGCUUUGUGUGGGGAAGAGUCUUUUGGAACUGGCAGCGACCACAUUCGGUGAGCAUUUUUUUCAGUAAAUUGGUACUUUGUUAGUUCAAAACGCUGGAUCAUGGCUGGUUAAAAAUUUUUGAAACUAAUGAGUUGGUUUUUCAGCGAAAAGGACGGCGUUUGGGCUUUCCUCGCGUGGCUGCAAAUCUUGGCCGAACGCCGCGAAUCCGUGCCACAAAUAGUGCAAGCGCAUUGGAAGAAAUAUGGUCGCAACGUUUUCACACGGUUUUGUUGUUUUCCUUCUCAGCUGUUCAAUAGUUUCACGAGUUUCAGAUAUGAUUACGAGAAUGUUGACGCCGCCGGCGCGAAUCUUCUAAUGACCUUUUUGGAAGCUCAAUUCCCGGCUUUCGUUGGCCGCCAAUUGUCCGCCAACGGCGUUACUUACAAGGUUUUUGCCUUAGCUUUUAGAGAGAAAAACAAAAUGUAAAUUGCAAACAAGUAUUUUUAGGGAGAAUGCCGUUUUCAAAGUGAAUCCGCGAAGUUCAAAAUAGCCUUCAGAGAGGGAAAAGAUAACUAAAGUUUGGAGAGUCAGAGAUAAUUUUAAACUUUGCGGAAAUCAUUUUUAGUGGCAUGAGCAUACUCUUUUCAAGCUCCGUGAUGAAAAAAGUUUCCAGAAAAUUUGGUUUUCGAAAGAUUAUUUGUCAAUUGUAGUUUAAUGGUUUUUGUACUCUCAAAUUUCGUAUAAUUAUGGCAAUUUUUUUUUUCCAAACAGUAAUCAAAAAACACUAGAUUUCAAACCUACUAUAUAUUUGAAAAUUUCAUAGUGUCAUAAAAGUCGUAGAAUUCAAAAUGUGUUGCAGGUGGCCGUCGCCGACAACUUCCAGUACAAAGAUCCGAUCGACGGUUCUGUCGCAACGAAGCAAGGCCUCCGUUUGGUGUUCGAGGACGGCUCUCGUCUGGUUUUCCGACUUUCUGGUACCGGUUCUGCCGGCGCCACGAUUCGACUCUACGUCGACUCCUACAUUCCUGCUGAUGAUGCUCAACGACUUUGUGCGCCGGCUCAAGUACUUUUUUUCUCUCAAAACUACCAUAUUUUAAGCGAACUUAGUAUGAUUGAACUUAUUCCAAAAGUCUUUGCAAUAUAAGAGUAUCUUUUCACAAAUGACAAAACGAUGCAAAAAGUACAUUUUCCGCUUUUUUUUCCUUGUCAAAUAAAAAAGGUCUAAGAGCUUUUCUUCAGAUCAUUUCUUUCUAGAUUUUUAGAUCUUAAAGACGAUGUAAUGUUUGCGGGGGCGCAUGGAUUGUCAAAAAAAUUCAUGUUCUUUUUCUGUAAUUGUCGAAAAAAAUUCGGAUUUAAAAAAAUCUUAAUUUCUUGUUAAUUGAGAAGACCCGUUAAGUUCUUUCGUACGCUCAUGCGUCUCUUUGAUGUAUGAAAAUAAAACUGCAAACCGCAGUAUAAAAAAAAACUCAUAUUUCCGUUCUCAAAAUAUUGGAAUUGGUGUUUCCAAAUUAGUUCUGCGACAGUAGCCUUUUAUUGGAAUGAAGCUCAAAUUACUUAGCUGGUGUCGGGUUUUCCUUUAUCUUAUUUUGGUUUGCGUAUUGCAAAUGAAAGUAAAUUUCAAUUCUCCCGCUACCGUUGCCAUUAAAAUAAGUGAAAACGGCCAUAUUCGAUAAGUGUCUAUAGAGCGCACUUGCCGCUUUGCGUGACCUCAACAAUUGCUUUACCCGCGUUUCCACUGCUCAGAAAAUCUGUUUUCUAUUGAUCGAAGUGGCAGAUAAUCUAUUUGCCAUUUGCAGGACCUGCUGAAACCGCUCGUUCUGAUCGCCCUCGAUCUGUGCAAGAUGGAGCAGUUCACCAACCGAACGGCUCCCACUGUCAUUACCUAA